UCAUACCAGCCCAAGUCCAUCCAGGUGGUACGCUACCGAUGGAUGAAACUAGCAGAAACAGUGCUAUGCUCGAUAUUGAGGGAGUUAGACAGCAAUCAGACAUCGACGCACUACGGGCAGACAAUCGUGCGAAAGAGAGCUAUAAGCAGAUAGGCGAAGGAGACAUUAAUCGCCAUCAAAGUGCUGGGCUGGGCUCUAUGACCAAGAAUAGCGACGCGUACGAGAAGAACAACAUCAAUAUGCCACGUGAAAACGCAGCGAGCGCCAAGGAGGGUGAGGAGGAAAGAAUGUUGAAUGGCGGUGGCGCCGAUAGUGUGGCCUCCGCCGUUGCUCGGUGCGACGAAGAUACAUCCGAGAAGGGCAAACUAGCGCAGAAGGACGUGGAGGUGAAAUUCAUCUCCUCGAAAAACGGCGGUGUUCGCAUCGAUCUGGAGCUGGAGAACCAGCAAACGUUCUCCGGCAUGGCAAAGGAAGAAUUGAUGAGAUACGCGAACGAUCCAUUCUGGGUGCGCCUCCGUUGGCUGCUUUUUGUAUUAUUUUGGGCUCUUUGGGUGGCAAUGCUGCUUGGUUCAUUCUACAUCAUCUACGACGCACCUAAAUGUGCCGCUCCGGUACCGCUGACUUGGUGGCAACAAGGACCACUGAUCGAGAUAGACGAGAGCCAGUACCAAAAUCAGAUCGAGGACAUCGUGCGAUACGGAGCAAAAGGCGUAAUCUAUCAGUUGCCGGCUGAUGAAACAUACUUCAUCGAUUCGUCUCCGGUAAAGGAGAAGCUCGAGCAGCUGGUCACGGCGUUCCGAUCCAGAAAAGUCGAAGUCAUCGUCGAUCUUACACCUAACUUCGUAACGAAAGAUGAUCCCCUUUUCCGGGAAGCAAUAGAGCGUCCUGAGAGUGAUGCACGCAAUGCUUUCAUAUGGAGGGAUGCGGCGAAAGCACCAAACUGGCUGUCGAUUGUUGAGGAGGGUCGAGCUUGGAAGAACAUAUCCUCUGGCCAGGCUAUUCUCUCCCAGUUCGGCACGGAUCGCUACGACCUACAACUAAACGAACCGAUCGCCAAGAGCAAACUGAAGUUCACCAUCGAGCACCUUAUUUCGCUUGGCGUUCGUGGAGUACGGCUCGCAAAUGCCAAACACUUUAUCAUCAACCGCGAUGGAGGCGACGAGUCGCCCAUGAACAUCGAAGAAGCGGAUAAAUCUCUUUCGCUCACCGACUAUGGCUUCUGGACCCACAAAGAAACGACUUAUCGCGAAGGACUUGGCGAGUUGUUUCACGAAUUAGCUGGUGUAGUGCACGGCUUGCUUCACGAAAAUGGUUUCAUUUCGGUCACCGAGGACAUUCUGCGCCCGGAAGUGUUCGCCGUUAAUGGAACUUUACCUAUUGAUAUACCGCUUUACGGCAAUAUUGAGUUCGAUCUACGCGAAGGUACCGGCCCAAAUGUAACAAAAAAGUUGCGUCACGACAUCGAAAAUGCAUACCGUACAGUGAAGAGCUACAGUGCUUACGGCGGUGGCAAACCUUGGCUUCAGUUGCGCUAUAAUAGAGCCUCCAUGGAGCACCUUGGCGCAUCCGAAUACACUAUUUUUAAUUUCCUACUUCCGGGCGUUCCUGUGCUACCACUAGAUGUGCUCACUAGUAAUAACGUUUCCCAAGAGACAAUCGAAACGCUGGAAAAAUUCCGCGGCUCAUCAUCGUUCCAACACGGCCAGUUCAGCAUGUACAAUGAUGCGAACCUAACUUCCUUAGCGUACAUCCGGCUUAAAUCAGGUAACCCCGGAUAUUUAGUAGCGCUGAAUCUCGCUCAAGAAGAACCUAAGGUGGCAGAUUUCAGUGGCAUAGAUGGAAUAGGCAGCGAACUGACCGUCGUCCUAAGUAGCCACAAUUAUGCUGUCCCGAACAUUGUCGCAAAGACAAAGGUGCCUGUCAAUGCCAUACCUUUAUCGCCCCAGUCGGCCAUCAUUGCAACGUACGUACCGACUAAGUAAUGGGACGAGUAAUGUAGAAUGAAACUAUGCAGCAUCUGAAUCUCCGAAAUUGGGGAACACAACACAGGAAAUAUCAGCAGUCGUUGAUGGACCAUAGACCCGCCGGCUUCGACGUUCAUUAUAUUAGAUUCGGUCAAUCACACAAAUCAUGAAUGUUUCAUAUAAAAAACAUGCAAAUGCGUAAUUGUUACGCACGCAUGCUUUGCGCUUUCUUGCUUUUUCUUGCUAUGCUCUUAAAGAGACGAAUGAUGCAUACUAAGUCUAAAACUAUUAAAAUCGGAAUGUUUCCAAAGAAUUAAAGUAAUAAUGUACGAUGUAAUUUUCACGAUCUGGGCUAAGCCUUAUGUUGCCUUUGAAUUGUGCGCAGCAAAAUUUUUUGAAUUUCUUGCAAUAUAACCACUCUUCAAAAAGUGCGCUGGUCGAAUUUAAGUCGGACAACAGUUACAUUGAAAUGCAGUUUUGCUUUGUAUCCAGGUGCUUUAUCAUGGAACCAAGUUUCUGCACAGUGUCUUUUGGGCCAUUGUAGUCGUUUUUCGAUCAAUGCAUUGUUCAAAUUGAUCAUUUGUUGUCGUUAGCAAUCUGUGUUAACGGUUUCACCCCAGGUUUUAGGAGUUUAUGAUACACCACACUUUUCUGGUCUCAUCAGACAUAAGCAUUGUGUUUUUGCCGAAUCCGGUUUUGCAGUCGAAGUUGAUGGUUUUACUGGACUGACCCAUGGUUUUUUCUUUCUUUUUUGGAUUCUCAAAAUGAAUCCACUUUCCAUCGCCAAUCACGAUCUUUUGGUGAAAUUAAUUCCUUUUGUAGCUGGUGAGCAGAAUUUCACAUUUGGUUUUUCGGUUUUUCUGCUGUCUUUCGUUCAGUGCUUGUGGCACCCAUCUUCCAAUUUUUUGGAUCUUCUAGCGCUUUCAAACGCACGGAUAUGGCGUGUUGGGACAUAUUGAGCUGAUCCGCGAAUUGUUGCGUUUGUGUGUCAUUUUCGUCCAAAAGUUCUCGCAGUUCAGUGUCCUCAAGUUUUCUUGGAGUCCUCCGACGCCCUUUGCUUGUUAAGUCAAAAUGGCCUUUUUAAAAAAUUUUAAACCGCUUAAACCACUGCGAUCUUCCAGUAGCAAGCUUCGACAAUCGUUUGCCAAAAAAGCCUAAUUAGGAGGACCAAAUUGACAGCUAGAGCCAUUUGUUACACAUUCCGACUUCAUAGUAUUAGACCUGGUAUCUCUCAAUGUCUCUAUAAUCUAAACAACAUUGCUAUACUCUAUCAUUCAAUGUUAAAUCCUCUCCGUACUAAAGAUCGCUUGUUUGACGGUUUGCCAUACUGUUUGGCAUUUUUCAUCUUGGGGCCCAUCCAUGUACGUGAGAGCGACAACAAUAAAUCAAAUAAAAUGUUCUAUUGCAUUACAUGAACUUUGUUGAGUAAGUUU